AUGAAGAAAUACAGGAUCUUGGUUGGAUGUCUACAAGAAACCAAAGUGAAACUCGGGGAUGAGCAAGUCUAUGGGGACUAUCGCCUUAUUCUGCUGCCCUCUGAAUGCGGACACUAUGGCCAAGGCUUUGUGGCACACAAACACUUAUCUACUUGUAUUCAUCGCUGCUGGAGAGUCAUCGAUCGAAUAUCUGUACUACAAAUAAGUACCGGACACAAAUCCGGAAUGCUUUCUAUCAUUAAUGUUUAUGCCCCUCAAAGUGGCAGGAUUGCCAAGAAUCUCGACGAACUAGACUCCUUUUACGAGGAGCUAGCUAGGACACUCACAAGUCUGGAGGAUUCGUACAGUCUAUUCAUCGCGGGAGAUUGGAAUGCCAAAGUUGGCAUCCGCUCUGGGGACGAGCAGUUUAUUGGCAGAUAUGGCCGUGGGCACUUUUCUGGCCCAUUUCUGUGA